GCCCCAAAUUCAAGUGCCCCACAUGCAACGGCCCAAAAUGCAACAGGCCCAAAUGCAACGGCCCCGAAUGCAACGGCUCCAAAUGCAACAGCUCCACACGCAAUGGCCCCAAAUGCAACGGCCCCAAAUGCAACGGCUCCACAUGCAACGGCCCCAAAUGCAACGUCUCCGAAUGCAACAGCUCCAAAUGCAACUGCCUCUGCCAAUAGCACUACUCCAGUAGAAUUGAAAUUAAGUUUCAGCAUUGAUCAGACUUUUAAGACCGUCUACACCGACAUGAGUGCUCCAGAAACCGUAACUCUCAUAAACAGCAUUACCAGUCAGAUUGAGCCAGCUUACAAGAAGCGUUUUCCAAAGUUUCUCCGGAUGGUUAUUAAGAAAUUCAGGAGUGGCUCUGUUGUGGUAGAUUCAGCCCUUCAAUUUGAUAGCAAUAGCACUGCUCCUAAUGUGUCAGACGUGAAGCAAGUCCUUACUGAUGCAGCUGCAAAUGGAAACCUGACCAUCAAAAUCAGAAAUGACACCAUCAAUGUUACGGCACCUGCCACACCCGCAGCUCCAAAUGCAACGGCUCCAAAUGCAACUGCUCCAAAUGCAACGGCUCCAAAUGCAACGUUUCCGAAUGCAACUGCUCCGAAUGCAACUGCUCCGAAUGCAACGGCUCCGAAUGCAACGGCUCCAAAUGCAAUGGGUCCAAAUGCAACUGCCUCUGCCAAUAGCACUACUCCAGUAGAAUUGAAAUUAAGUUUCAGCAUUGAUCAGACUUUCAAGGCUGUCUACACCGACAUGAGUGCUCCAGAAACCGUAACUCUCAUAAACAGCAUUACCAGUCAGAUUGAGCCAGCUUACAAGAAGCGUUUUCCAAAGUUUCUCCGGAUGGUUAUUAAGAAAUUCAGGAGUGGCUCUGUUGUGGUAGAUUCAGCCCUUCAAUUUGACAGCAAUGGCACUACUCCUAAUGUGUCAGACGUGAAGCAAGUCCUUACUGAUGCAGCUGCAAAUGGAAACCUGACCAUCAAAAUCAGCAAUGACACCAUCAACGUUACGGCACCUGCCACACCUGCAGCUCCAAAUGCAACGGCUCCAAAUGCAACUGCUCCAAAUGCAACGGCUCCAAAUGCAACGGCUCCAAAUGCAACGGCCCCAAAUGCAACGGCUCCAAAUGCAACAGCUCCAAAUGCAACGGCCCCAAAUGCAACGGCCCCAAAUGCAACGGCUCCAAAUGCAACGGCUCCAAAUGCAACUGCUCCAAAUGCAACUGCUCCAAAUGCAACGGCUCCAAAUGCAACGGCCCCAAAUGCAACGGCUCCAAAUGCAACGGCUCCAAAUGCAACGGCUCCAAAUGCAACGGCCCCAAAUGCAACGGCCCCAAAUGCAACGGCUCCAAAUGCAACGGCUCCAAAUGCAACGGCUCCAAAUGCAACGGCUCCAAAUGCAACGGCUCCAAAUGCAACGGCUCCAAAUGCAACGGCUCCAAAUGCAACGGCUCCAAAUGCAACUGCUCCAAAUGCAACGGCUCCAAAUGCAACGGCUCCAAAUGCAACUGCUCCGAAUGCAACAGCUCCACACGCAACAGCCCCAAAUGCAACGGCUCCAAAUGCCAAUAGCACUACUCCAUUAGGUUUUAACUUAAGUUUCAGCAUUGUUGACACUUUCAAGGCCGUUUACUCCGACAUGAGUGCUCCAGAAACCGUAACUCUCAUAAACAGCAUCACCACUCAGAUUGAGCCACUUUACAAGAAGCGUUUUCCUAAGUUUCUCCGGAUGUUUAUUAAGAAAUUCAGGAGUGGCUCUAUUGUGGUAGAUUCAGCCCUUCAAUUUGAUAGCAAUGGCACUGCUCCUAAUGCAACAGACAUUAAACAAGUCCUUACUGAUGCAGCUACAAAUGGAAACCUGACCAUCAAAAUCAGCAAUGACACCAUCAACGUUACGGCACCUGCCACACCUGCAGCUCCAAAUGCAACAGCUCCAAAUGCAACUGCCCCAAAUGCAACUGCUCCGAAUGCAACGGCUCCGAAUGCAACGGCUCCGAAUGCAACGGCUCCGAAUGCAACUGCUCCGAAUGCAACUGCUCCGAAUGCAACGGCUCCGAAUGCAACGGCUCCGAAUGCAACGGCUCCGAAUGCAACUGCUCCGAAUGCAACGGCUCCGAAUGCAACGGCUCCGAAUGCAAAGGCUCCGAAUGCAACGGCUCCGAAUGCAACGGCUCCGAAUGCAACGGCUCCGAAUGCAACGGCUCCGAAUGCAACGGCUCCGAAUGCAACGGCUCCGAAUGCAAAGGCUCCGAAUGCAACGGCUCCAAAUGCAACUGCUCCGAAUGCAACGGCUUCGAAUGCAACUGCUCCGAAUGCAACGGCUCCGAAUGCAACGGCUCCGAAUGCAAAGGCUCCGAAUGCAACGGCUCCAAAUGCAACUGCUCCGAAUGCAACGGCUCCGAAUGCAACGGCUCCGAAUGCAACGGCUCCGAAUGCAACGGCUCCGAAUGCAACGGUUCCGAAUGCAAAGGCUCCGAAUGCAACGGCUCCAAAUGCAACAGCAUCAAAUGCAACUGCUCCGAAUGCAACUGCUCCGAAUGCAACGGCUUCAAAUGCAACAGCUCCAAAUGCAAUGGCUCCAAAUGCAACAGCCUCAAUUGGGACAUCAACAAAUGGAACAGCAUCUGCCAAUAGCACUACUCCAUUAGAGUUUUACUUAGGUUUCAGCAUUGCUGACACUUUCAAGGUCGUUUACUCCAACAUGAGUGCUCCAGAAACCGUAACUCUCAUAAACAGCAUCACCACUCAGAUUGAGCCAGUUUACAAGAAGCGUUUUCCAAAGUUUCUCCGAAUGGUUAUUAAGAAAAUCAGCAAUGGCUCUAUUGUGGUAGAUUCAGCUCUUCAAUUUGACAACAAUGGCACUUCUCCUAAUACCACAGACGUGAAGCAAGUCCUUAUCGAUGCACUUGCAAAUGGAAAUGUGACCAUCAAAAUCAACAAUGACACCAUCAACGUUACGGCACCUGCCACAACUGUAACACCCGUGACACCUACUAACGCCCCAAAUACUACCUCAAAUACUGCACUGUUUACUUUAGUAUUCAGCAUUGUGGACACCUUCAACGACACCUUGUCAAAUAUGUCCUCAUCUGAUGCUACAACUCUAAAAACAAAAAUCAUCAGUCAGUUUGGUAGUGUUUUCAGGAAACGUUUUACAAACUAUCUGCAAAUGCUAAUUCAGAAAUUCAGCAAAGGCUCCAUUGUGACGAACAGUUCACUUGAGUUUAACAGCACUGGCGGUGCAGUUACAGCACAGGAUGUGGUCGACACAAUUAUCUCAGGAAUUAAAAAUGGAAAUUUCACCUUCAAUAUCGAUCAGAAAUCCAUCAAAGUUACAGACUCAUCAGGACACAUGGCGUCCUCCAGUUCUCGAGUGAUCACUAGUAUGCUCACAGUUCUGUUGAUGAGUCUAGCAUCACUUCUGCUGUCAGGAGUGAUCAACCUAUAAGCACCACAUUCAUGAAGAAUCAAAGAAAAACUAUUCCUGCAUUGAUAACAUCAAAACAUUUUAUGAAUGAUCAUGUCAUCUUUAAUCUUUUACACUCAUUACGUACUAUUUAGUUAGCAUUCAGAACCAACAACUUAUUGUACUUUGCGCACCACGUCAUAAGCUGUAACAGUUUUCUGAAACAGUAGUCUUAUAUUUAGAGCCAGGUGAUGUAUUGUAUGUCUGAUUAAUGACAUUUUGUUUAUAGCUCUGUUAUGUCUAUGUGUAUACUGAGUUGGAGAAAUAAUGAGGAUAGGUUUUUACAUUUACACCGACUCUGAACAUUCCUCCAUGCCACAGUAAUUGCACAAAUAAAUAUUAUAUUUGUAUGUUAAAAUUUUAAAAUGGAAUUGCUUUGUUAUGAACAGAUUUAUUUAACCUUUGAGUAACAGAAUCUAAAACUG